AGACAGCUGUCUACUGUCUAUAAAACGUCAAACCAUAAACAUAACCAAAGUUUAUAAUAAUAAUAAUAAAAUUUAUAUACAAUGAAUUUGAAGGAUAAAUCUAUAGCCGGACCCGGGCCAAAAAUGAACUCGACAAAUUUAUAUGUAACCACGACACAAAUAAUAAUGAAAGCCGAUCCAAAAAAUCCAAAUUCGUGGCAAGAUCUCUAUAGACUGGUACCUUAUUUAAGAAACUCUUUGUGUUGUGUUGUUUGUUCAAAUUUAUUGGUGGAUCCUCAUACGCCGACAAUAGCGCAAUGCCAGCAUCAUGUAUGUAGAAUAUGUAAAGGUGGUAGAAAAAAAAUGAAACCUGCCUGUGAGGGAUGUAAAGACUGCAGAGACUAUUCUGAAAACAAAAGACUUAGGAUAUUAUUACAAUGUUACAAGAAAAUGUGUAUAUCCAUUAUAAAUUCAGCAUUAUUUAAUAGCAUAUCAUUGCAAGCCUCUGAACCUGGUACGGGUUUUGAACGAGGAGCUAGUAACCUAAUUAUAUUGAUAAAAGAAGGAGCCUCCUUCGAGGAUAAUUACAAAAGUAGUGGAGGCUUACCCAAAUCGACUUAUUCAAUACUGCCCUGCAUUUACACCAAUUCUGUAAAUGCUCAAAAUACUCAAGCACCUCAAAAGCCUUCCCAUGUAGAAAAAAAUAUUGUUCUUAAUUCCAGCAUACAAAGUAGAUCAUCUUUUUAUUCUGUCUUAUAUCCAGGCAAUGGGAGCAAAAUUACUUUGAAGAGAAAACCUAAAGAGGGAGUAGGCAGUUCAAAUAAAGUUCCUAUGACAAACAAUAGACAAAAAGAGUUUCCAGAAAAGGGUUUGUUUAAAAAACCAUGUACUGUGAAACCCAAAAAAGGCUGUAGAUGUGGAAAUGCCACUGCCACACCUGGAAAACUUACCUGUUGUGGUCAACGAUGUCCCUGCUAUGUUGACAGUAAACCGUGUAUAGAAUGCAAGUGUAGGGGAUGUAGAAAUCCACACAUCAAAGAUGGACAAAAGGUUAUACCUCAUAUUCCAGAAUUACAAAAACUUCAGAUAAUUCCAACUACAACACAGAAUCCUGUUUUAACAUCAAAUCACAUUCAGGGUGUUAAACUUGAAGACAUGGAUUUAGACACUUCCUUUGCCACAUUUGGAGCCAUGAGUCAGCAUUUUAAAUCAUUUGAAUUUGUAGGUGGGUUUAAUGCCGUGCCAUUAACUUCAGACUUGCUACCUUUAGGAUACAAUGAUGAUGAUGAUCCUGAUAUAAAUGUCAUCUGACCAUUGGUAUUUAGAUUAAGUAAAUCUUAAACUUUCAAAAUCGACCAUUGUGAAAA